AGUUCUAAUUGUUGCAUAUCUUUUGAAGGCAGAGGCCUUUGAAUUUCAUCUCAUUCUGGAAUGGUCAGAAUGGUCAUAUAUUUAGCAAUCUAUUUUGAUUUUACAAUUUAUGGUGAUCCUGAUUAUUAUUGAAUUUUCUUUACUGAAAUAGAAAUGCCCAAACCUUGAUGUUACCUGAAUCAGUGGUGUCUCUGCACUUCUCCAAAAGAAAUAUUUUGUUCAAUAUCAGGUCCUGUGGCUGUGCAUUCAGAAGAGUAAACCAAAAAAUGCAUUUUAUUGUCAUUUAAAUGCUCUCCUGAUCAAUGGUGAUGAUGGAGGUGGUGAUGGUAGUGGAAAAUAGACUGUCAAGGAAAGCAAGUAAAAUUAUGCCCCGUAUUGGCUUGCAGUCCACUGGCAAUUUGUAGCCAAUGAGGAUUUUUCAGUCUUCCCUGAAAGCCAUAAUUAACUCAGGUCACCCACGGGAGCCUUUUGCUAACAUAAUCAACCCAUUCACCCAGUUAUCGGCCAGAGAAACAGAUCUGGAUGGAGUCCCCACCUUAAGAAGGGUUUGCAAUUUAGUUUGUCCUCUGAAAACUCCAGUGAUUUGAAUCACCAGGAUUGCACACCCACCCGUGUCCCAGAAUAAAUCUCCACCUGACUUUUUGCUGUGGGGCUGAGUUCUGAACUGACAGUUCUUGUUGAGGGAAAUUUCUCACCAAUCAGUAGUACCUGGAGUUGGUGGAAAGAAAAUAAGAACGACAAAGAUGAAGUGUAGGAGCAAAUUAACAGUGCUCAAAAAAAUAUGAGCAAGUCGUAGAGAGAGGAAGAAAACAGCUCCCAGCAACAGGCUUUGGCUGGGGAGACCUUCAUCCCAUAGGCGGAAAUUCGGGGCCCAAGUGGCCCUUUAGUGAUGACUGCGAGGUUCUCAUCCAAAGAGAGCGACUAUAAUGAUCAUGAUAGGUUGAAAUCUUGGCAGAUGGCGUACCUGGUGUGUAAAAGGAAGCUGGAGAGUAAGAAGGAAGCCCUGCUGAUCCUGUCCAAGGAGCUGGACACCUGUCAACAGGAAAGGGACCAGUACAAACUCAUGGCCAAUCAGCUUCGAGAGCGCCACCAGUCCCUGAAGAAGAAGUACCGAGAGCUGAUUGAUGGAGAUCCAUCACUUCCUCCUGAAAGAAGGAAACAGGCUAAUCUUGCACAACUAUUGAGAGAUUCUCAGGACCGAAAUAAACAUCUGGGAGAAGAAAUUAAAGAACUUCAGCAAAGGCUUGGAGAAGUCCAGGGCGACAAUAAGCUCUUGAGGAUGACAAUUGCCAAACAGAGGCUCGGAGAUGAAGAAAUCGGCGUGCGCCACUUUGCAGCCCAUGAGCGUGAAGACUUGGUUCAGCAGCUGGAGAGAGCCAAGGAACAGAUUGAGUCUUUGGAGCAUGACCUGCAGGCCUCUGUGGACGAGCUUCAGGAUGUUAAGGAGGAGCGGUCGUCCUACCAGGACAAGGUGGACAGGCUGAACCAGGAGCUCAACCACAUCCUGGGCGGGCAGGAGGACCGCAUCAUCGACGUGGAUGCCCUGUGCAUGGAGAACAGGUACCUUCAAGAGAGAUUAAAGCAGCUCCACGAAGAGGUCACCCUCUUGAAAUCGAACAUUGCCAAAUACAAGAAUGCUCUCGAGAGACGGAAAAACUCAAAGGGCCAGGGCAAAUCCAGCAGCAGCGCUCUGACAGGAGUCCUGUCAGCAAAGCAAGUUCAGGAUUUGCUGUCUGAGGAUCACGGAUGCAGUCUCCCAGCAACUCCACAGUCCAUUUCUGACCUGAAAUCUCUGGCAACAGCCCUGUUAGAGACAAUCCACGAGAAAAACAUGGUCAUUCAGCAUCAGAGGCAAACCAACAAAAUCCUAGGGAAUCGUGUGGCUGAGCUGGAAAAAAAAUUAAGAACUCUGGAAGUUUCUGGUUUGUGGAGUCUUCCAGGCCUGAGCUACAAUGUUUCAAUAGGAUUUGGGAGGGGCAAGGACACCAUACUGUUCAGCGACCCCAGUCUCCCCACCAUACAGCGGUCAAGAUCCCCACUGCUGAAGUCAGUUGACCAGCCCACCGAGAACAAAGCGAAUUCCAAGGAUGGGGAGGUUCAGAAGCAGGAAGGAGAUGAAAGUCGUGCCGCUGCCGAGGCGUUGACAGCGCCCGAGGAUGCCGGGAGACCCGCUGUCAACUCCCCGGCAAACCCCAGCCUCAGGAACCAACGCAAGCUCUUUCAUCCUUCAUUACCCCGGUUACCUUCUGAGGAAGAAGAAGUAAACAAGCUUGGAAGGGAAAUAAUUAAACUGACAAAGGAGCAGGCAGCUGCAGAACCGAAAGAGGUCAGAGGAGCGAGUCUCGUGGAGGGUCAGAGGAGCGAGAGGGGGCCGAGCGUGCCAGGCCUGGCCUCGGGCGGGGAGCCCCCCACACCUCAGCUGGACUCCUCCGAGCCCAGCCAGCCAGCCGCCGAAGCUUCCACGCCAGAAGACGGCAAAGGGAUCCCCGAGGGCAGGGGCACGAGGAGCACUGUGCAAACGUGAAGGGGAAAGGGACCCGACAGGAUGACACGUCGAAAGCCCUGGGACAGCGAGGAAUGACAAGUCAGGACAGCGCGCCCAAGCCGCCUUCUCCUAAAACACCUGCGAGUCUGCAAGUGAGAACACGCUCUGAUCCUGUUGCAAGCUGUGAACAGUCUGAGGAUGCCAGAACAGUUUGAUUUAUUAAACACGGAGCCUCAAGCUUCUCAGUGUCAUCCCUUUCUGCCGAAGCCGCGCGGCCGUGAACACCGUGAACGUGGGAAUGGCGUCCACCAUGGCGCUGGUUUUCAGUUUCCGUCUUCUUGUCAGCCUUUUGUUUUGUCAGAGAUAAGAUGUUUUCCUAUUAGCCUUUCAUGUUGUCGGUCAAAAGUAUGGGAAGAGCUAGGAACCGAUGGGGUUUUGAAUCAGGUUCCUGUCUUGGUAAAGGUUCGGCGGCUGGAGAGGAAGGUGUAAUUGGGCAGAACGUGUCCACCGCCGCUGCCCAGCACGCCAGGCCCUGCAGGGAGGGCCGGCCCGGCGCGGGUGUGCUUGGCUCCCUGCCCCCAGCACUGCCUGUCACCGCGUGGACUGGCAGGUGGAAAGGGACUUAGCAGGCUGGGAAGAGAAGGUGGGGCUUCUGGUUUGAAAUCCACAGCCCCCUGCUGAGGCCCGCUUGCUGACUGCCAGAGCUCGGUGUUCCAGCUAUAAACCUGGAGGAUUAAUUGAUCCAAAGUGACUGGGGGAGGGGACUCUCGAUGGGGGUCUGAGAAUUUUUUGUUUGUUUGUUUCUGAGAUGAGAUGAGAGUUAGAACCUGGAAAUGCUAGUUCUCUCCAUUCAACCUGUCCUGCGUAGAGGAUGUUACGGCCAUUUCAGGUUUGGGGGGGGACUAGCUGCUCAGGGCCAGUCUAGUUUCCUGUACCACCAGAGACCUCCAUCCCUCCACAGGUCCUGAGAUUUCCAAGACAGGACACAGAGCUCAUGGCCCGAUAGGGGGAAGAGAGAGGAAAACAACAGAACUUAAAGAACUUCAUUACUGCAUUGUAAGGGGGACUGUGGAACCAAGUCCAAGGGUGGGGAAGGAGGGCGUGGUCAAUCUUAUAUGGUGUUUUUUCUUUUGGAAUAAAAAUGAGCUUUUCUAGGUGGCAUCCGGCACUGCAGAAAAUUAAACGAUCAUCCAACCAUAGACCUUUCUUUGAGCUGAACUCAGUCCGUUUCCCCAGGACAGCCUGAUAGCAGAUCCCGAAGUUCAGAGGGCCUCUGAGAGCACGAAUCGCUCCUCUGAGCGCCUCCUGCAGGAAAAAGAGAGGCUGCCACAGUGGUAGAGACUGAAAAUUCAUCUUAAAAAUCCAGUGUUUAUUCCAGGCUCGAGAUCUCAGGUGUGAUGCCUGCACAUGAGGGCCAGCCCACGCCGCCGCGUCCCUGCCGGGUUGCAUGCCUGCGUCACUCUGCUAGCAGGAUGGAAGCCCCAUCAUGGUUGUGCUGCCUCGCUCUGAAGGAAGGCAAAGUGCAGCACAGAGGGACCCAGUCCUUUGUCCGGUGCACACUGCGUGGGCCGCCAGCCGCUUUGGCCACCCCUGUCUAGAAGAUGGGAGCAUGCUGCAGUCAGUGCUGUGUUGCUGCUGGCGAGGAGGACAUGCCACCAGCCCUGCCCACUGGGCUCCCAUGCUCCAGUCUUCCCUCUGCAUUCCAGCCUAUGCCCCACCCCCAGGCCCACUUACCCCCCAGGGGAAAUCGCUUCUGCAGCUGCAGAGCUUGCACAGACCAGCAGUCACAGUAAUGAUUUUUCUGCUGGACUGGGCCUUAACUAUAUGCAAAUGUUUAGCACUACUGCAUAGGAUGGCAGAGCUACCAAAGGAAAAUGCAGCCAAAUUAAAUACAAUGAUAAUAAAAAGACAGUCAGACAUGUGCACAUCUUCAGGGCCCAUUCAUCGCCUUCUGGAAAGCAGGGUUUAUAGUAAACUUCAACACAUUCCAUCAGGAUCAGGGAAACUGCAGUGUAUCCCAAAGAGUCUGGGGUUCAGGGCAGGGGGCAGGGUUCACAGGUAGCGGUCACCUAAACUCUGCGUGUGCAGACAGCCAGGAGCGUCUGUGUUAUUAGAUGGAAUGGGAGCCAAUGGGUCGAUCCUGUCCCAGGUGUAACCAAUGACAGCACCCCAUAGACAUAGGUGACACUGUCCCAUCUCUGCUACCGCCACCAGCAUGGUUCUUCUGUUCCACAGACAUUAAAGGGAGUUUUGGCAAUUACUUGUGGUUGUCCUUUGUCUUUUUAGGAGUCAUUGUGAAAGGGUGCAGCAUGCUGUCCCCUGCUCUUCCAGAUAAGCCUGCACCAGUCAUGUAUUCUCAGUUCCAAGUCACUUACUGAAACUUAAACAAUAAGGAAAUGAAUUCUGUUGCAUAACAAGAACUUCAGAAGUAGGGCGUUCCAGGGCUGGUUCAUUCAAGAAAGUCAUCAAGGACCUGGGUUUUCAUCUUCCUGUUCUACCUGCCUCCUUAUCAGCUGCCCCUACAUGAUGGUAGGACGGCUGCCGCAGCUCCAGACAGCACGUGUUCCCACGUAUGUCCAAAGGCAGAAGGAAGCUUCUCCACACAUAUGUGUGUGUGUGUUUUAAAGGCAACAAACCCAGUUCCUGCCACAUUGUGUUGGUCAGAAUUGUCACAGGCUGAUAUGCCCCUGUCAUGUAACUAUGUCUAAACCAGUCCUUAGCAAGGGAGGUGAUAUUACCAUGAUCUGUUUAGGUUUCUCAAGAUUCCCCUUCUGAGUUGGGUAGGGGCCCCAUCCCUAGACAUGCAGAUUCCAAAAGGGUGAACACUGGAACAAAACCAUGUCUUCGGAAGUGUUUGCUGAGAAAAACGCCAUCUCAUCCCUCUGCCCCCGCCUCCCCGCCACCUGCUUCUGUCCUCUUUUGUAGGUGGAACGUUCCCACCUUUGUUUGCCUCCUCAAGCGUGUGUGUGUCCUUCCAUUAUUUUUCCAGCUGGGUUGCCAGCAGAAUGCAGAACAGUCUGGAUAAAUGAAACAGAGCUGACAGGUCUCUUAAUGAAAGCUUGUUUGCACGCUCUGCCUUUCUUGUGAUCGCUCUGUACCUGAGAGCCUUUAGGUGUGGAUUUUUACAUAUGAGUGUUUGUCUUGCUUUUAAUUAAGGCUCAUAGAAAUGGAUUGGCUUUUGUAAAGCAGGCGUUUCUCAUCCCCGGCUCUUCCCAGGCCUCCUCUGUCCACCUUCCCCUCUCCUCCCCCGCCCUCCUGCUGCUCCCACAGCCAUUCCCGAAGCCUCUCUAGCUGGGAGGCACAAUGCCUGCGGGCCGUGCCUCCCUGUUGGCAGUCUAGAGCAAGCCCAAUGGUUUGCCCAUCACUGAUCCUCUUCUGUGCCCUCACCCCAAACACACACCACCAUCAUGACAUCACGACGGGAAGUCCUGGGAAAGGGUUCUGCUGUCUGUUCUUCAUGUAUUGGAGUAAGUUUUUAUGUGUUAUUCCUACUGGGAGUAUUUGCACCCCCAUUCACAGUGUGGCAUGAAAAGUUCUAUCUCCUCUUUAAGGAAGUUCAGAGACCAGCUACUUGUUCAUUGGAGUUCUCUGGCUUGUCUCUUUAAAAUUACAGCCCACCUUUUGCUCCUCUUGGUUUUAUGCACCUCCAAAAUAUGAAGGGCUGUCUUGACUUCACUGUUUUCCGGAAACCCUGUGGAUGACGUGGUUCCCUUCUUGGAAAAUGGUCUCUAUUUGAGCACCUUCUCCCUCUGCUUUCAUUCUGGGAGCCUCCAUUUAGAACAAUCCUCCUCCUUAAUAAUACUGAGGGUAACUUCAGACGGCUCCAAGUAGGAUGUCGAAAAGCCAAAGCAUUGCCCCAAACUCACUACUUUAAUAUAUUCCUUUUUUUUCCAUAUGUCUUUCUGAACGGAGAAAAAAUUAUAGAUCAGAGAGAUGCAAGUGGGAGCUCAGUAGUGAAUCUGCUUAGAAAUGAAAAGCAGAAAAAAUAGGAAGGACCUGCCUCUCAAUAUUGUGGUUGCUCAAAAAAACAAAACAAAACAAGCUGAUACGGCAUGAAGGCAAUUUAAAAUGAUAGAUAUAGAUGUGCAGCCUUACACUUCAUAUCCCCUCUUUACUAAAUGAGAAUUGUUUGGAUGCAGAGGGAAAGUUUGCAUAACACUGAAAAGUUUGCCUUUCUGGAAUCUAUGUGAGCUCAGGAAUAUAUUUUGGGAUCUUAGCAGAGGCCAGUGAUAGCCUAUUAAAUUUAAAACAAUUGGCUUAAAAAAAAAAAAAACCCAGCUGCUAUUUUGUAGUUUUAUUUAAAGAAUGAAGUAACUCCUAUUCAUUUGCAGACCUUGCUUUAUUGGAUUCUGUGGUCACCAUGUAUCAUAACUGUAUCUUUUUUGUUACCUGAAAUAAAAAUGUGGUAAUUUUCCUGA